AUGCAGGCCCAGGCCCAACAGCCACUACCAGCCUGGGUGGCGGCCCCCGCCAGGCGGCAGCGUUGCCAGGUCCCACCUGCCGUCCGCGGCUGCGCAGCCCGUGCCAGCUUGGGCGGCAGCGACAGCAGCAGCGUGUUGAGCAGCAGCAGCAGCAGCAGCAGCACCGGCUGGUUGCUGGACACGGCAGCCAGCCUCGAUCCAGCAACCAGCAGCAGCAGCAGCAGCAGCAACGGCAGCGGCAGCGGCCGAUAUGAUGCAAUUAUGAUGCUUGGCGGCGGCCUGUUCCCAGACGGCAGCCUCCCAGAGUGGGUGGUGCGCCGCCUGGAGGGGUCCCUGCACCUAUACCACCAGCAGCAGGCCCUGCACGCCGCCAGCCAGACCGCAGCAGCAGCAACGCCAACGCCAACGCCAACGCGAAGCGCUGACGGGUGCCCCGGCCAGCCGUGGCGCGCCGCCGCAGCGGGCCCCUGCCCCAUCGUGCUGCUGGGGGCGGCCACGCCGCACAAGCCGCCCGUCAUGGACGACCGCGGGUACGUGCUGUACGAGAGCACGGCGUAUGCCGCCUACCUCAUGGGGCGGGGCGUGCCGGCAGGCGACCUGCUCAAGGAGACUCAGUCGUGCGACACCGUGGGUAACGGCUACUUCUCUCUCCUCCAGCACGCCCUGCCCGCGGGCUGGAGGCGCAUCGCCGUGGUCACCAGCGAGUUCCACAUGCCGCGCACCCAAGCCACCUUCGACUUUGUGUACGGCCUGGCGGGCAGGCAGCUGCACGGCGACCCCGCCUGGUACCGCCUGGAGUACCGGGCAGGCAAGAGGGGCGCUGGCUGCGUGUGGCGAUGGUGGUGGUGGCAUGUGCAUGACUAUGUUGUGCUGAUGAGCGACGAGGGCAUUUUUGAGGCGGACGUGACUGAUGCGCGGGCUGCCAAGGAGGCUGCGGCGGUGGCCACCUGGCACAAGAACACCGCCGGCAUGCGCAGCCUGGCAGACCUGCACAGCUGGCUGUACGCCACGCACCUCUGCUACAGCGUCAGCAGGCAGCAGGAGUUUGGGAGGGUGCAGGAACUGGACCCCAAGCUGGCGGCCACCUACUAG